CCUUCUCACGGGCGCAAAAAGCGAUUCGUGCUGGUUUCGACCUGAUUUCUCGCGAUGCUGGCUACCUCGGCGAUGCCGAGGACAUACAGCUUGAGCAACAGCUCAUUCGAAAGCUGCUGUAAAGACCUACAGCACUGUCAACUUUUAUGGGGGGAGUUGCAAAGGCGUGGUUUGCUUUCUAAAAACAAACGCCCAUUCUCAUUUUUGGGUACGUUCCCAUUUUUCCCGCAAGUCUGUUUACCGCUGUUCCGGCUCAUCUACCGAACUCGGUACCGAUCAAGAGGCUGCUAUCAUCAGGUCGACUUCUUUCGGCGGAAUGCUAGCGUGCUCGAUUUCAGCUCCAGCAGAGGCUUUAGGCUUGUACCAGCAGCACCCUGGGUGCCUUUUCUGUCGAUUGCACCAUACGCCUCCCAUGCUGCAAGCCCCCUCCGCAACCCUCGGGACCAGUUUAGUCUACUGACGGCUACCUCCGAGAACGCCCCCGAAGUGCCCGCCGUUCCCACAAUUGUGCCCAGCUACGAGGACGUGGUGUGGGGGGACGACACCUCCUUCGAGUGGGACGUGCGACAAGUUCCGGAGAAUACCGUCGUCGAGGGUUUCACCACUCGCGCGGUGGAAGCUGCGGCUGUGGGACCACAACCGCAGGACAGGCAGCUAGUGAUGGUCUUGCCGACCGAGCGGCUUGAUUUAGAGCAGGGAGCUGUAGUGGGAGUAGCUCGUGCGGUGAUGUGGUGGGUUCCGGGGUCGCCUGAAUACUGCAAGUUGGUAAACCGUAAGGACGCCAACCUGGGGACGCUGGGGUCGCUUAAGCAGCAGCAACUCGUCAACGUCCUCGCAGCGUUCAUCGAGGACGGCCUGUUUCCGAUCGACCCGAAGCGAGUGCCGGCUUGCAUCAACGAGAUUCAGCAGUUGGUAGACCGAGGAGUGAUCCGUCAAUCCAUGUCUCCGUGGGCUGCCCAGUGCUUGUGCGUUAAGAAGAAGGAUGGUACGCUGCGACUGUGCAUCGACUGGCGUGAACUCAACAAACUGUUGGUCUCGGAUAGUGGGGGUUUGGGUGACAUGCAGACGACAUUCGACGGGUUGAAGGGCAAGAGGUAUUUCUCUCAGCUAGACCUCGCCUGCGGUUUUCACCGGAUGGAAAUCACCGAGAAAGACCGUUACAAGACGGCCUUUCGAGAUGCGGAUGGUAUGCUUUGGGGAUUUACUCGCGCGGGUUUCGGCCUGACGGUGCUUCCGGCGGCCUUCACUCGUAGAGUAAAGUCGGCUUUGGGGCAUCUAUCGGGCGUGUUUAACUGA